AUGUCCCAAUCUGCAGGAAGCAGGACCCAACAAACAAGCAAUGUGAAUACAACUUAUUCUUUCUCCUUGGAAAAGGUAGAGAAUUCUAGGGAGAUGCUUCAGACUUUCUUCCAUCUUUAUUUCUCAACCCGAGUCAAGGGACUUUCGAGUUCCCACACAAAACUCUAUGACAAUCACCCUAAUUAAUAAUCAAUGUCUAAGCCAAAACACCACUUGUCUUGAUAAUAACUACUGUGCCUCCACAUAAACUAAUUUUUUAAAAAGUUUAUUCUUUUUCAAUGACACUGGUGAUGCACAAAUCAAUAUAGCUUUUGUCCUUUUGAAAAUAUUAUUUCCAAAAUGGCGAAUGGGCUACUCCUCUUCCACGUUAGGUGUGUUCAUUGCACUAACAGCAUCAAAUACAUCUGGCUAGUCUGCCUUAACAAGUUCUGACUCACUCUUGGCCCAUAGCCUAACUUAAAUGAGAUCUUUCCAGUACAAAAUUUCUAAGAAAACUAGCUCUAAAAUAGUGGUGGAAUGGACUGUGUGAAGGAAUAGACAUCCCAAUAGCCAUUUGUCUUUUGGCAUACUUGAUGCAACUCUUCUGUGCCACCUGUCCUUUUUAAUAUGUUAUUAAUAGACUAUGGUCUAGACUAAAUGGGUAGAGAAAUAUAGACCAGGUUUCCUCAGCAGUAACUUAGCAAAAACAUCUAUCUACUCCACAUGAAAAAGUGAAGGUGUAGUGGGGGUUAGGGAGAGAGAAAAGAAAGGAAGAAGAGAAGUUACAUUUGAAUAAUUUUGUUAUGUAUAAUUUUCUCUAUUAAAAGAUCUAAAAAAUUAAUUAAUUUCUAGUUUAUAAAGGAUAUAAACCUUAUUGAAAAGAAAUUCAUUUGACAUUUGACCAAAUUGUUCAGAGUAUAAGGUUUUAAGUAUAGGAAAAAAAAAAUUCACUGUGCUUCCCAUCCAGGAUGCUUAAGAACAUCAGGAGUAUAGUAAGUGCCCUAGAGAUGUAGUCCACACAAACAUGCAUGUGUAUAUCUGGAGUGUUGCACAUUGAAAUAAACACAGCUGCAUUUAUUUGAGCAUGUGAUUCCAUGUACAUGUAAAAACAUUCCAACAAACACACUCAGUGGAUUUAUUUGAAUAUGCAAUGGGGCAGUUAUUCAAAUAAACAUGCUCAGUGCAAUUAUUUGAAUCUCAUAGAGCAUGUUCAUCAAUCACAGCUCUCCAUUAAAAAAACAACAACAAAGAAUUUACAUGGAAAAAUAUAUGUGAGUACAACCUGAUUGUUGAAAUUUUAUAGAGUAGCCAAAGUUAUGACUCCCUCAUUAACUCUAAGUCAGCUACACUGCAUUCAAUGACAUUUUUUCUGAUGAUUGAUUGGCUCAGCAAUCACUUGAACAUUAUAACAGAAUGACCACAAGAUGUAGAUACAUAUAAUAAUGAACUUUCCAAAUCUGAAAUGUAUGGAGAUGUGAAAUCUGUCUCUUUCAAGAACAGAGUAAUUCCUCCUAGGCAUUUUAGAUCAAGGGCAUGCUGGUCAAAUUAUUAUGGCUCUAAUUAGCACUCCCAUAAACUGCAAGGUUUUUUUUUUUUUUUUACAUGCAACAAAAUGGCACAUCCCUCCAUUUGAAAACAUCAAAUAAAUCAAAGCUGACUCAUCUGAACAUUUUAAAACAUUGAUUAAAUCUUAUGACAUGUAUGUGUACCAAGAAAUCAUCUAGGUGUACCAAAAGCUGAUUUAUGCUUCUCAUAAAUAUGUACUGACAUAAUCUAAUAUACUAAAAUGUGAAGGGGCUUUUAGUCACUGAAAGCUGCAUUGUGUAACAAAGAUGAUGAAAAGACAUGACUUAUGCCCAUCUUUUU